AUGAGCGACACCAACAACAUCACCAACACCGCUGCCGCAGAGGGCCAAGACGAGCACCAGCAGCCCACCGCGGUGGACAAGGGCAAGGGCAAGGCGAGGGCUGUGGAGCCAGACCACGACGAAGAGGAAGACGAUGACGAUGACGAAGACGACGAAGAGGAAGACGAGGACUUCAACAUCGACGACGACGAGCUUGCCGAACUGAUCGAGGACGAAGAGGAGCUCGCCGAAAUCGACCCUUCGAACAUCGUCUACACGGGGCGCCGACGCAACGCACCGCUCGACUACACGUCGGAAGAGGCGCUCAAGCAAGCGGGUCUCGAUUCCGGGGCUGCUUCGGCUGAGCACGACGACGAAGACGCCGAGUUCAAGAGCGAAGAAAUGACCGACGAGUAG